CCGCCUCCGGGCGGGCCGCGGCAGCGCUCUCGCGGCGGCGGCGGCGGCGGCGCUGGGGGCCGGCGCGGCCCGGGGCGGCGGCGGCGGCGGGGCGGCCCCGCGGAGCGGUGCGGGAGCCUGGCGGCGGAGGGCAGCGCGCCCGCCCGCCCGCCGCGCCUCGCCGCCGCCGCGCUGCCCCGCCGCGCCAUGACCCUGAGCGCGGAGAUGUCCGAGGCGUCGGCGCUGGCCGAGGAGACCGACAUCGAUGUGGUGGGCGAGGAGGACGACGAGGAGGACGACGAGGAGCCGCAGCCCCGCCGCCGCCGCCGCCGCCGCCGCUCGUACGCCGAGGACGAGGAGGAGGAGGAAGAGGAGGACGAGGAGGAUGCGGGCGACCUCCACGACGACGCGCUGCUGCCGCGCUCGCCCGUGCGCGGCGGUGGCGGCGGCGGCGGCGGGGCGGGCGGCGGGGACGGGCCCGGAGGCUCGCGGCCCCCCUCGCGGGGCGGCCCGACGAAGGCGGCGGCGGCGGCGGCGGGCGGCGGCGGCGGCGGCAAGAACAGCCUGGUGAAGCCGCCCUACUCGUACAUCGCGCUCAUCACCAUGGCCAUCCUGCAGAGCCCCAAGAAGCGGCUGACGCUGAGCGAGAUCUGCGAGUUCAUCAGCGGGCGCUUCCCCUACUACCGGGAGAAGUUCCCCGCCUGGCAGAACAGCAUCCGCCACAACCUCUCGCUCAACGACUGCUUCGUCAAGAUCCCCCGCGAGCCCGGCAACCCGGGCAAGGGCAACUACUGGACGCUGGACCCCGAGUCCGCCGACAUGUUCGACAACGGGAGCUUCCUGCGCCGCCGAAAGCGCUUCAAGCGGCAGCAGCUGCCGGCGCCCGAGCUGCUCCUGCGCGCCGUGGACCCCGCCGCCUUCCUGCCGCCGCAGCCGCCGCCGCCGCCGCAGCAGCCGCCCUACGGCUGCGGGCCCUACGGCUGCGGGUACGGCCUGCAGCUCCAGCCCUACCACCCGCACUCCGCCCUCUUCGCCUUCCACCACCCCUCCGCGCCGCCCCGCCAGCCCCCCGCCGCCGCCGCCAGCGCCUCCGGCGCGGCGCUGCCCCCCGCCGCCGCCGCCGCCGCCGCGCCGCCGGGCCCCUUGCUGCCGCCGGCGGAGCUGGCACGGACGCCCUUCGGCUACGCGCCGCCGCUGGGCCCGGCGCUGGCGGCCUCGCUGCACGCCGCCAAGCCCGGCCCCGGCGCGGCGCUGGCCCGCUCGCCCUUCUCCAUCGAGAGCAUCAUCGGCGCGGCCGCCGGCCCCGGCCCCGGCCCCGGCCCCGGCCCCGGCCCCGGCGGCAGCUGCGCGGCGCAGUCGGUCGCGGCGCCGGCGCUGGCCCGCGCGCUGGGCAGUGCCGGGGGCCGCCUGCCCCCCGCCGCCGCGCUGCCCGCCGCCCCGGGCCUGGCGGCGCGGAUCUCUAACUGCUGAGGGCUGCGGAGCCGGUGCCAAGGUAGGACGCGGGGUCCCUGCUCUGCCGCCCCUCGGAGCCCCGCGCGGCGGGUGGCGGGGCCGCGCGUGGGGCUGGGCCGUCCCGCGCCGCCGCCGCGCCCGUGUCCGCGCAAAGCCGGGGCUGUGCUGCGCGGCGGCGGUCCCGCUGCCGGGGAGCUGCCCCUUGUCUCCCGAAAGGAAACAAAAAACGCAUAACGUCUCUAAACCGUCCGAGUUCAGAGAUUCUCAGGUCUAGGAGCUUCUAAACAGUUACGUGCAGGAAAGGAAAAAGGCUCGAGGGAGGACAGCGAAGCAAUACUUUUUCAUUUUAGUACGCUCGUCUCAUGUACUUUUAUAAAAAAAGAGAAAAGAUUAACAUGUUUACACAGAAGAAAGUCAAGAUUAUCAUUUCUUAUUUUAACCUGUGUUUUGUAUUAUAAUAGACUUACGGAGUUUUUAUUUUGUACUUUAUGCGUAUUCUUUACGAGGAAUAUUGUUAAAAAUUACUGGCAAGUAUUAUUGUACCAUUUUAAUGUAAAAUUUUUACACAUUUUCAAAAAUAAAAUUUUUAAUUUUCAAAAAUAACCCAAACAAUCAGUAAAAGAAAAAAAAAAACGAAGGAGCCCAGCCUAACUAUUGGCUUUGGACUAUUCCGUCCAUAGCACUUCUCCCUUCGUUGGGACAUUGAUACUUUUUCCUUCGGGAUUAAUAUAACAAUAGCCAAAGUAUUUUGCACCUUGAAAUUUAUUAUGACCAAAUUUGACCGCGAAGAAGACCAGACUAUGGUUUUCGCAGUGAAACCAUUGUUAGCCCUAGCAGAGAGCGAAAGACAAAAAAAGAAAGACCAAGGACAAAAGAGGUAGUAAACAGAAAUAGGUCUCUCUCGAGGGAGUAAAACCAGCUGUGUAAAGCAUCAAUCAAGGCAUUGAUUAAAAAGCCAGUUUUAGACCAUUUUUAUCCUUCUGGGUGAGUUCUAAUUCACAGCUGCAUCACGGUUUGCUUUCCAAGAGGCCCAAAGGAAAUAAUAACAAGUGGCACGUACAGAUCUUCA